UUUCGGAGGCAGAGCUGUCUUUACUUACUCACGGACUCACAGAUCACGGACUAAUCCCUGAAUUGUUCCUCUUUUCAACGGACUCUGUACCGAUCUGGAUUACCGCUUGUUGGGACUUUACUUCGGAAUUGUAACGGGACAGCAGCCUCUCCGCGCUGUGGAUAUUUCUUCUUAUCCUGGAUCUUGUGGAUUAUUUGACUGAGUUAAACAUGACUCUGGAGGAAGUGGUUGGAUCCAACAGCACCGAGAAAAAGAUGGAGACGGUGACUCAGGCUCUGGAGGAGCUGCUGGUCGCAGCUCAGCGGCAGGACUGUGUCACUGUGGGAGUCUACGAGUCCGCCAAACUCAUGAAUGUAGAUCCGGACAGCGUGGUCCUGUGCAUCCUCGCCACUGAUGAGGAGGACGAAGAUGACAUUGCGCUGCAGAUCCACUUCACGCUGCUUCAGGCUUUCUGCUGCGACAACGACAUCAACAUCCUGCGGCUGUCCGGCAUGAGGCGGCUGGCUCAGGUGCUGCAGGAGGAGGACACCGAGGACAGCAACGGCAACGAGCCCCGAGACCUGCACUGCAUCCUGGUCACUAACCCUCCGGUGCAGCCUCUGCAGUGCCAGGCCCUGCAGGACGUCAGCAGCUUCUGUAAGGAGAGCCGCGGCAGGAACCAGUGGGUUCCUUGCCUGGAGCUGCAGGACCGCUGAGCCGCAUUGGACCGAGCCGAACCGAGUCAGACCGCUACGGAGCGGUGAGAAAGUGUGGAAAUAGUCCAAACUGCCGUCCUCGUGCAGAAGAGGAGUAACGGCGUUUGAGUGAAGACAGAGACCGGACCGAACCAGGGCCUACCUGCUGCCUUAUUGGGGGAUUGAGUUGGCCAGGGGCGCGUGAGAUACCGGUACCGGACGGCUUGUGAAAGCGGACCGGACUGAGUAGGAGGCUCCAGGUCCUGGAGCUGCUGAGAGGGGAAGAUUUUUAAUGAAACGUCACGUGCUGUUUGACAGCACUUGGAUGUCACGUGACUGAACUGAACCGGCGAAUGAAUGAUUGAAUGACUGAACUGAGGAGCAGCACCUGAAGCUCCGGACCACCUGAACCGCAGGUGUUGCAGGUGUUCUGCUCACACACAGACUGAUGCCAAGAUGCAGAGCAUUAGACGUCAUGUUGUAGUAUUUCCUGUUGUAAGUGACGCAGUUGAAGUGCACACAGGUGCACACUGAUGUCACCCCAGUAUUUAAACAAACCAGAGCUAAUAUAUGAGUGAAUCCACCUGCUGAUGUUUUCUAUUGAUCAAUAAAUUAUUGAAGGAGAAA